CAAAACUAACCCCCCUUCGCCACUCUCCUUCCACCUCUAUCUCCAUCUCUAUUUGCAUGCAUGCAUGCAAUUUCAUUAUCCUUAAAUCUUUUUAUAUUUUCUUCCUCUCUCUUCGCGCGUAAUUUUCCCUCAUCCAUUGCUGGUUACCCUAGAUAUGGAACCGGCAAUGGACCAGGCUGAACCAUCACAACCAUCAUCAACACCACGAACAAGCGUAUCAUCAACAUCUUCUUCUUUAUUUUCUUCGAAAAACCCUCCACCGGCCCCACCACCAAAAACUCCAUCAUUAUCCCUCCUUGAACCAGCUAAUUCUACAAAGAAAAAAAACCGGACUAGAGUUUUCCGAGUUUUUCGGAAUGUUUUUCGAUCAUUUCCUAUUAUUACACCUGCAUGUAGGCUACCUUCUCUCCCCGGUGGUCAGUUACCGGAGAGUAAUAGCCGGAUAAUAGCUGGGUCAAGAAUAACCGGAACGUUGUUUGGAUAUCGAAAAGGACGUGUUAGUCUUUCCAUUCAAGAAAGCUCUAGGACUCUUCCUACCGUUGUUGUUGAACUUGCUUUGCUAACCAAUGUUUUGCAAAAGGAAAUGAAUCUAGGCAUGGUGAGGAUUGCAUUAGAAUGUGAGAAAAAGGACAAAAAGGAGAAGAUAGAUCUUCUUGAAGAACCAUUAUGGACUAUGUAUUGUAAUGGUAAAAAAAAUGGUUAUGGUGUAAAAAGAGAAGCCACAGAAGAAGAUCUGAAUGUGAUGGAGAUACUCAAGCCGGUAUCGAUGGGCGCCGGCGUCUUGCCUGGAAAAUCAGACGUAGAAGGACCGGAUGGGGAGAUGACAUACAUGAGGGCACAUUUUGAACGUGUGGUUAAAUCAAAGGAUGCUGAAACCCUAUACAUGUUGAGCCCAGAUGCAAAUGAUGGACCUGAAUUGAGUAUUUUCUUUGUAAGAAUAUGAUGAUCAUCAUCAUAUUAUAUAAUGGGUAAUUAUGCAAUGAUCUUUGGGUCUUUAUAAUGUUAUAAGUAAUUGAUUAGUUGGAUCCCUCUAAAAAUGAUUAGUGAGGGAAAUUUAAUGUAAAGUUUAAGUUAUAUAUAUCGUUAAUGUAGUUUUGUUAUACGAUCAGGUCAUCUAGGGCGUGGUAGAGCAACAAUUCUGCCUAUGGAUUCAGCAGAUUUGAUA